AGAGCAGAGAAAGAAAAAAACAGGAAUGGAAAGAGAAGAAGAAGAAGAAGAAGAAGAAGAAGAAGAAGAAGAAGAAGAAGAAGAAGAAGAAGACUUCAUGAGUGUCUUUCGUAAUAAAUCCUGUGCUCUUCGAUACAAGGCAGUUUUUCGCUCUUUAAAAAAAUCAACUGUCCUUAAAGUAUUAAUUUUAGUGCCACGAUUACAAGACCGGCCAUUAUUACCUUAA